AUGGAAAUUAUUUCGGUAUUUGUUGAAAAACUAGGAGAGUACUCAGUUGGUCCAAUUAGAGAACAGUUUGGCUAUCUUAUUUUCUACAAGAGACAUAUUUCAAUUCUCAAAGAGGAAUUUCCAAGACUACAUGAGAAGGAGGAGGCAGUGAAACAAUCUGUUCUUGGAGCCCAAUGGAGUCAAGAAGUAGUGCCAAGUGAAGUUAAGACGUGGCUGACAGAUGUGGCCAAAAAAAUAGAAGAAGUGCAGAAAUUCCUUGAAGAAGAUGUGAAAACUAAUAUGAUGUGCUUGAAUGGUUGGUGUCCAGAUCUAAAGCUACGCUAUUCCUUGGGUAAGAAGGCUCAAAAGAAUACUCAAGUUAUCAAUGACAUGCUAAAAGAAGGUGAAAAAUAUGAUCAGGUGUACAAUAUUAAAAUUCCUUUGGAAGUAAAAUCAACAUCCACAGAAUGGUUUAAGGAUUUUGAAUCGAGAAGAUCAACGAUUGAAAAUGUUUUGGAGGCUCUAAGGGAUGAAAAUAUCAACAUGAUUGCAUUAUGCGGUAUGGGUGGAAUCGGAAAGACCGAAAUGGCCAAAGAGAUAGCUAGAAGAGUCAAAGCUCAGAGUUUGUUUAAUAAAGUUGCAAUUGCAGUAGUGUCCCAAAAAGCGGACUUGAUAAAGGUUCAAGAUGAAAUUGCAGAGCAGCUAGGUCCUGAACUUCACGAGAAGAGUUUAGUGGGAAGGGCAUCUCAGCUAUAUUCAAGACUGAUGGAUAGUAAGAGUGUUCUGGUAAUAUUGGAUGAUGUUUGGGAUCCACUUGAUCUUGGGGCUAUUGGAGUUAUCGAUGCAGUAAAACAAAAGACCUGCAAAAUCUUGUUGACGUCAAGAAAUGAAGAAACUUGCAAUUGGAUGAGAAUUCAGAAGAUUUUUCCAAUUGGACUUUUAUCUGAAGAAGAAGCGUGGAAUCUUUUCAUAGAGAUGGCAGGUGAUUGUAUCAAUACCUCCAAUCUAAUCUCAAUUGCAAGGCAGGUUGCGAAGGAAUGUGCAUGUUUACCCCUUGCCAUUGCGACAGUUGGACGUGCUCUCAGCAACAAAAGCGACAAAAAUGAGUGGAAAGCCGCACUUCAGCAACUUAAAAUGUCUAUCCCAAAAAAUAUCUAUGGUUUGCAUCCAAAGGUAUAUUCCAGCAUAGAGUUCAGUUACAAUUACAUAGAAAGUGACGAAGCCAAAUCAUGCUUUUUACUUUGUUGUUUGUAUCCCGAAGAUUAUGAUGUUCCAAUUGAACAUUUAGUCAGGUAUGGAGUUGCAAAAAGGUUUUUUGAAGGCUUGGAUAUUGUGGAACAAACAAGAAUAAAUGUCCAUGCAGUAGUUCAAAAUCUUAGAAGAUCAAAUCUCUUGUUGGAUAGUGGCAAGGUUGAAUGCGUCAAAAUGCAUGAUAUUGUACGAGAUGUUGCCAUAUCAAUUGCAUCCAGAGAUGAAAUUGGUUUUAUGGUAAAGUUGGAUAGAGGACUUGAAGAAUGGCCACAGAAGGAUAGAUACGACAGUUACACUGCAAUUUCUCUUUUACUUGGAGAACUAAAAGUGCAAUCUAUAGAGUUGAAGUGUCCCAAACUUCAGCUUUUGCGACUAUCACAUUUGAACCAGUCAGAAAUGUUUCCUGGCAAUUUAUUUAACGGGAUGAAGGAGUUGAAGAUGUUGUCUUUGCAAGAUUGUUGCUUCUCCUUAACAUCGUUGCCACCAUCAAUCCAGAUCCUCCAAAACCUUCAUAUGUUGCAUCUGGAGAGUUGUCGCUUAGGAGAUGUGUCGGCAAUUGGAACUCUUAGAAACCUAGAAAUUCUUGGCUUUCAUUAUUCCGAGAUCGAGGAGUUGCCGUUGGAAAUAGGAAAUCUUAGUCGAUUAAAGUUACUGGAUAUGAAGGGAUGUGAUUCUCUAAAGCGAAUUGCACCUGGUGUAUUAUCUGGUUUAUCUCAACUAGAAGAAUUGUACGUGGGAGGAUUCAAGAAUUGGGGAUGCUCAAGUACGAUGGAAGGAAAUGGAGAAGUAACAAAUAAUAAUGCAAGCCUUGCUGAACUAAUUCCUUAUUCCAGUCAACUGGUGGUUUUAGAGAUUAGUGUACCUGCAAAUAUCUUGUGCUUGCCCAAAGAAUUGCACUUCGGUAACUCCAAUUUCAGAUCUAGGAUAAAUAUUGGUAUAAAUAAUAUGAUAAAUGGGAGAUAUUUAUUUGAAAAUACUUUGUCAGUUGGAGUGGAGGAUGCAAGUGAUCUUUGGGAACACCAAACAAUUCUUUCACUGUUGAAGAAUGCUGUAGUUUUAUUUUUGGAUAUUGCAACAAAUUUGAAACAUAUUUGGUUUGAGAAAGAGCAAAAAGGAGUUUUACCAUGCAACUUGAAGGAUCUAACAAUUUUUAAAUGUGAAGAUUUAGAAUAUCUACUCGAAGCCACAUCGGAUAGUACUCUACCUAAUACCUUCCAUCUCCUGGAGUCACUAUCAUUAUUUAACUUACCAAGGCUCAUUGGCAUAUGUAAAUCCACAGAUUCAGUUGAGGUUGAAGGAGGAGGUAGCGCUGCAUCAACAACUAUCACUCAUAAACUAUUUUCAUCCAUAACCAUUUUGUGGGUACCCAAUUUGAAAUUCCUUCUUGUAUAUGCAUGUGGAUCACUAGAAGUGGUAUUUGAUCUAGAAGGACUAAAGGUAAAAGAGAACCGCAAGCCCAUCCUAGGAGUACUUUCUAAUCUACAUUUACGGAACUUAUCUGGGAUGUCACAUGUGUGGAAGAAUAUUCCACCAGGAUUUCAAGGCUUUCAAAACUUAAUAUCAAUUAAUAUCAAUGAGUGUCAUUGUCUAAGAAAUUUACUCCCUACUUCUAUAGCAAAACUACUGGUGCAACUCCAAGCCAUUAAAAUAUGGGGUUGCAACUUGAUGGAAAAUAUUAUUCAAAGGGAGUACGAAGCUGGAGAAGAAAGGAAAGCAGGUAUUUUAAGUAGCGAAGCCCAUUCUAUUAAGUGGCCAUCCAUAAAGAAGAUCGAAUUGUUGGAAUGUCCAAUAUUAAAAACAUUUGGUUCAGAAGUUAAAAGCAGAAGAAAGCUAAGAAAGAUGGAUGCAGAAUUGGAUCCAAGAGCCCAAGAGCCUAGUAUUGGCUCCUCCUUGGCAAGAGAAUCUUCAAGACUUUUGAAACGAUGCCUAGAGUCUUGUGUGCCACGUCAUAGGAAUUAUAGUGCAGUCCAAGGAAAUAGGAGCUCCUCCUUAGGAGAGAAUAAACACAACUUAACUAGAGAGAUUACAUUGGCAAAGCAAGGGCAGCAGAAUGUGAGUGAGACUGAAAAUCAUACAAAGAUGUUAUCUCUAAUUCCACAUGACUUGAUUGAAAGUUUAGAAAAUCUACAAAAACUUUUAGCAUAUCGAUGUGAUUCAUUGGAAGUGAUAUUUGAACUUGAGGGACUAAAUGCUGAAGAAAGUAAUAUCUUCAACAAUUUGACAAAGUUGUCAUUAAUAUCUUUGCCGAAACUGUUGUAUAUAUGGAAGAAAGGCCCACGAGAAGUUAAGGGAUUUAAUUACUUAAGAUUGCUAGAAGUAUGGAGUUGUGAUAGUUUGAAAUGUUUAUUCACACCAUCCAUAGCAAAACUUCUUGUGAAAUUGGAGAAAAUAGAAGUAUAUGAUUGCAAUGAAAUAGAAGAAAUCCUUGCAAAAGAAGCAGGAGAUGAAGAGAAUAGAGAUGUGAUUACAUUUCCUCUAGUGAAGACCCUCUGGCUUACGAAUUUACAAAAGUUGGAAUGUUUUUACAUCGAAGAUAAUCAUGCUUUUGAAUGGCCAUCUCUGGAUAAAAUAACAAUAGCUGGAUGCCCCAACUUAAAAAUGUUUGUUUCAACAAGUACAAAAACACCUCAGUUAAAGGGAGUGCAUACGAAGUCCAAAACUUUUCAACCAAUGAUAGAAGGAGAUCUCAAUGCCACCAUACAACACAUCAUCAAGGAAAAGGGAUUUAAUCAUCGAUCUUUUCCUCCACCGAGAUGGUUAGAUUCUAAAAUUCUUGGACGUCGCAUUAAUAUGUCUCCAUUGACAGAAGGUAAAUUUCUAUAUUUGACCGAUUCCCAAAUUCUUGGCUAG